CAUCGUUUUUAGUUGUCAACCCGGAUUCUUUCCCUCCCCAUCUUGUAUUCUGUUAUUUUCUCGAGAAAAUCUAGCGCCGAGAAAAUUCCUGCUAAUCUUGGAACUGCGGCGCAAUCACUUGGCAUAUUUCCGGUGACGGAAAUGGAUCGGAGGAGAGUUGCUAGUCCAGUCUCCGCCCGGCAGUGGAGUGGUGGCUCGAGCAGCACGGGAUCAUCUUCUCCGGCUCAUCCUCACGCUCUAUUGGGUUCGAAUUCCACCAUCAAGCGCGCUCAGAAUGUUGCCGCAAAGAAGGCUGCUCAACGUUUGGCUGAGGCUAUGGCCAACACGCGGCCGCCCGUGGAGGGCGACGAUGAAGAUGAAGAUGAAGAGGAUGAUCUCAACUUCCGAUUCCGUGCUCCGCCUCCUCCUAGUCACUCAUCUUAUCCCAGUGCUGUGAACAGUAACAAUUCCAAUUCGUUUCAUACGAUUUCAGGUCCCAGGAUUAACAGAUCUCCGUCUCCCGCGUUAGGUCGUAAUUUCGUAGAGAAUGUUCCUCAAGUUCGAUCCACAUCAGCUGGUAGAUCAUCGAGGUCCGUGCGUUCGAGCCAGAUCGUUCCACCAAGUAAACCUCCACCCAGAACUCCAGUCUUCAUUCCUCCAAUUGAACCUCCUUCUAAUAGGAUUGGAGAUAGAAGAUUUACAUCAGAUAUCGGACAGGUCAACUCCAAAGAUGCAGGGGAUCAGUCCGAAGCUUCUGCACUACGUGAUGAGCUUGAUAUGCUACAAGAAGAGAACGAGAAUAUAUUUGGAAAGCUUCGAGAAGCAGAAGAAAAACGGGAAGAGGCAGAGGCUAGAGCUAGAAUGCUAGAGAAACAGGUUGCUACUCUUGGAGAGGGUGUAUCUUUGGAAGCCAAAUUAUUAAGCAGGAAAGAAGCAAAACUGCGUCAAAGAGAGGCUGCACUCAAGGCUGCAAUACCAACCAAGGAUAGUAGAAACGAAGAAAUUGCUGCCCUUCGUUCAGAAAUUGAGAACUUAAAAGAUGAGUCAUCAGCAGCUACAGAACAACUCCGAGAAGCAGAGUCUGAAGCAAAGGCUCUUCGUGUAAUGACACAAAGAAUGAUUUUGACACAAGAGGAGAUGGAAGAGGUUGUUUUGAAGAGGUGUUGGCUUGCUCGCUACUGGGGCUUAGCUGUUCAAUAUGGAAUAUGUGCGGAUAUUGCACUCUCAAAACAUGAGUAUUGGUCUUCUUUAGCUCCUUUGCCAUUCGAAGUUGUUACUUCUGCUGGACAAAAGGCUAAGGAGGAGCCUGAAGGUCGAAAUGAUCAAGAUAGGAGUAAGCUCAUCCAGGAUUUAAAUGAUCUAUCUGGUGAAGGAAAUAUUGAGAGUAUGCUUUCAGUUGAAAUGGGACUGAGAGAACUAGCAUCUCUAAAGGUUGAAGAUGCAGUUGUGCUUGCAUUGGCACAACAUAGAUGUCCAAGUUUGAUUCAUCAAUCAGAUUCAAAAUCACAUGCUGAUCGGAAGUUUACUGAGGCUUUUGAACUAAGUGAAGCUGAAGCUGAAGAUAUUCAUUUUAAGGAGGCUUGGCUCACAUACUUCUGGAGAAGAGCCAAGACAUAUGGUGUGGAUGAGGAUGUUGCAGAUGAGCGGCUUCAGUUUUGGAUCAGUCGUAGUGGACAGCCUCCGACUUCACAUGAUGCUGUCGAUGUCGAACGAGGUCUUGUAGAGCUCAGAAAGCUUGGAAUAGAACAACUGCUUUGGGAGGCAUCUAGAAAGGAAAUCGACCAAUCUUCUGCCAGGGAAUUAGACACCUAAUCCUGAAAGAUCGAUCCCUACUAAAAUGUCAGUUUUUUUUUUUUUAAUUUUUUGCCACGAAUUUUCUCUGCCAUCUUUCUACUUUUACCCUGUUUGCUAGAGUGUGGAUGCAUAUUUCUUUUCUAGCUUUAUGCCGUGUGAUAUUCUGUUACAUCUCCUGAACAGAGAGUUUAUAGUGGAGCAUUAUUUUAGAGUGCUUUGUAUGAUAGAUAUUCAUACCAAUUCUUUCACCCAAAAGUUCAAUUAAUUUUUUCCAUGUUUAGCUGUC